GACUAUCUAUGUGUUUACAAUGAUUAGGGGCUACAAAUUGUUGGCUCAUGCAUGCUUUUGACGAGAAGUGUGUUUAGUUAAGAUAAUGCAUACUCCUGUUUGCUCUGUUAUUAAAUAGAAUAUAGGAUGUCAAUCUCAAGUGAUGGAAUUUAUUCAAAAGGAAAAGGAGGGGGAAAAGAGAGAGAAUACAGAGGUAAACUUCAGUGUUUCUUAUCUGUGUUCACAUAUCUUAACCCUGCCUGCAUUUUCUUGAUCGUUUCAGAUACCAGGACAACGUGGCCUUUCAUGGAAUCUCCUUGCAUCUGUGCUUAACAAGUAUGUGCCUCACACUCUUACGGUGAUGUAGUUUUUGGGCAACAGUUUGCUACAUAUUUACAUCUUUGCACCGAAACUCCUGUCAGACUUGCUGCCUGGACUAUACUCAGCAAUGCUUGUGUCAUGUUUCAUUUUCUUGUGUCAUGUGUUCUGUUGUAAUCUGCAGCUUGGGUUCUUCUGCAGCAGAACAAUGAAGCUGUUCUUCAAGGUUAUAUGAAGUCGUGGGUUUCUGGUGCGCUAGAUCGAUCUGCAACCAGGGGGUUAAUGGUGUUUGCUCUUGCUCUACGCCAUCUUUCAUCUUUUAUCUUCCUACCUUGUGCCAAGGAUCAUAUAGUUCUCAGGAACAAGCUUGCUCAGUCUCUCAUCCGUGACUACUCACAGAAACCAAAACAUGAGGUAAGCCAAAUAAAUGAUCACUGAAUUUUGGGUCUAAAACAUUAUUGCUAGCAACUGAACUUUGAUUUUUAACAAAUUACCGAAGCUUGUAAUAUAACACCAUUAGAAGUACCCCUUCACCAAUCAUUUUCAGAUUUGUGUCUUAGGUGUUACAUAUUGCAAUGCGAUCCAAACCAAACUCAUAGACUCAUAUCUCAUCCCAUCCCAACUUCAUUAAAAAUCAAUGUUCCAUGACAUAUUUGUCAUUGACCUUAUAGUUUCCUUGCACUUUAUGUCAUUUGACCCUCAAAUUACUCGUAAGAUUUCGAUGGAGUGGCUGAUGUAUGUAGCAGCUAAAAGAGAAGCCCUUUUUAUGCUCCUAGCAACAAACACAUCUUUAUAAACCGAUGUUUUGCAUGGUCUCUUGUGCACAGGCUAUGAUGAUGGAGCUGAUACAGUAUAACUACCCAUCAAAAUCUCCCUUGCCAGAGACACCGGAUGAUGAUCAGAACAAUGAGAACCGUCGAUUCAAGAAAAGAUUCGAGAUGCUUGCAGAUGCCUGUGAUUCAAACUCCUCUCUGCUCUCCGUAGUGGAGAAGCUGAAGUCUGCUUUUGCUAAGAAACGGAUUCCUUCCAGCUAGUUAUCCCCAGACACAACCGCAGUCCAUCCAGGUAACAGUAAGUUAAAGGGAUUCAGUAUUCACCUCAAUGUAAAGAGAAGAGAAAACAGUGGGCUGAUAUGAUUUAGGAUCCAAAUCAAAUCCAAGAACUGUUAGGUAUUAGCGAAAGUGUGGUAGAAUUUAUGAUCAACGCAAAGAAAAUAUUUGGAUUUCUCUCAAACUUACAAACUCACUCAAACAAACGAGGCCUUAACUUUGACACUUGUUAUUACAAAGAUAAACACCCUUUCUUUUCUUUUUAGUUCCCUCUUCUGGCACCUUUCUUCUUCCCAUACAUACACACUUAUAUUGCAAUGGAAAAGACAAACUAAUAAAUAUUAUUGGCCCUUUAUCUCCUUAUCCCACAGCUACUACUUGUGGCAAGUGGAAACACCACCUAAUUCGACAACCAUUAUUGGAUUUGGUGGUUAUGCCUUCUUUUUUUCAUCGUGCACAAUUGUAACCACCACCUCCACUCAACAAGUUGAGGAUUUCUUAAAAUGGAAAGCCUGAACUAGUGGAAACUUGGGGAAAGACAGAGUAACCAAAAAGAAAAAAAUGAAAGAACUGAAAGUAGAGCAAGAGCUAGAUGAAGAGGCAGCAGCUGGAGUCGAGAUAUGGAGCUAUGUCUUUGGUUUCACGAAGAUGGCAGUGGUGAAAUGCGCCAUCGAGCUCGGCAUAGCCGAGGCGAUCGAGGACCAUACAGGAGACUCCCCAUUAUCACUGGGCCAACUCUCGUCCGUCCUGGGCUGCGACCAGGUAUCCCUGUCACGGAUCAUGCGGUUCCUGACCCACCACCGCAUCUUCGAGGAGAAGCUAGCGGACAAUGGCACGGUGGUGGGCUAUGUUCAGACGCCCCUCUCCCGUCGCCUGAUCAGGCGACGGGAGGGGGACAGGAGCAACAGCCUGGCCGACUUGCUCCUCAUGGAGGGAAGUCGCGUCAUGCUGGAAUCGUGGCUCUUUCUGAGCUCUCGAGUCCGCGAUGGCUCCAUCGCGCCUGCAUUCGAGCAGGCGCACGGAAAGGACGUGUGGAAGCACGCCGAGGCCAAUCCUGGCCUCGGCAGGCUGAUAGACGAUGCCAUGGCUUGUAAUGCUCGGCUGGCUGUGCCAGCCAUUGUGCAAGGUUGCCCUGGCUUGCUUGAUGGGGUUGAGACCAUGGUGGAUGUUGGGGGAGGGAAUGGAACCGCUCUGAGGUUGUUCGUCGAAGCUUGCCCUUGGAUUCAUGGGAUCAACUUCGAUCUCCCUCAUGUUGUCUCUGUGGCACCUGAAUCUGAAGGUGUGACACAUGUUGGUGGCGACAUGUUUCAGAGUGUUCCCAAAGCUGAUGCUGCUUUCCUCAUUCUAGUUCUGCACGAUUGGAGCGACGAAGAGUGCAUCCAGAUACUGAAGAAUUGCAGAGCAGCCAUUGCAGAGGGCAACAAGCAGGGGAAAGUGAUCAUAGCUGAAGGUGUGGUGGAUCAAGAGAGAGAUGGGAAGCUUGAACACGUUAGGCUGAUGUUUGACAUGGUGAUGAUGGCUCAUACGAACAGUGGCAAAGAGAGAACGUUGAAGGAAUGGGAGUAUGUUCUGAAUCAAGCCGGGUUCAGCCGGUUCACUGUGACGGCCAUCAAGGCGGUUCAAUCGGUCAUUCAAGCCUUCCCCUGAAACUGGAAUACAUGAAUAAAUUAAGUGUUUUUGGUUGUAAUUUGGUGCUUAAUUACUAAUUAAUGAUUUCUUCAGGCGUUUUGCUUGUUGGUGGUGGUGCUUUCAUGGAGAGGUUCGAUCACAUUUCCUGCGUUUACAUCAUGUGAAAACUACUUUGUUAUUUGGUCUUUUACAUCGUGUGAAACUACUUUGUUGUUUGGUUGUUGUUGUUAACUUAUUAUUAUUGUAGCACGAUCUUGAUGGAUGAAUGUUCGAUUAUAACCAUUAGGGCCUCACUUUUAAACAGCAAGUGUUAUACGAGUAUCUAAAAUCAAUGUAAACGAUCUUGAAAGACGGAUGCUUGAAUAACGAAAUGAAUCCAAUAAAUGUGAUAUAAACCACUCAAUCACAUAAAUUACCAGUUAAUAAAUAUAAAUAUUAUAAUUAAAAAUAUCAUCGCUAGUAUUUAGCAGUAUGCAAAAAUAUCGAUAAAUGAUGCUUAGUAUAAAAUUUUCUUUAAAAUUCAUACAUGUUAAUACAUUAACAUACUAAUAUCGUAUUUUAUUAGCUAUACUCCUAGCAUCGUCAUAAGCCAUUAAGCCCUAUAUAAACACAAUGAUAAGAGACACAGUGGUUGGCCUAUAUAAAGAAAUAACUAUUUGAAUAUGCUUUAUUGCUUUUUUCUAAAGAUAAUAUAAUUCCAUUUUUUUCCAUUAAAAUAUCGAUAGUAUAUGCUUAGGACAUAAAAUUGAGGGGAUGAAAUGAUAAAUUAGAUAAAGUUGUUUAAGAAGUGGAGGCUCUCACUUAAAUACAGAUGUAGUGGAGAUAAAGAGCUUUUGAGUGGUCAUUAAGAAUAUAUUUUCAAAUUGUAAGCCUUUUUUUUUAAAAUAUAUCUUAUCCGUUGUUCAAUAAGAAAAUAUUUUAUAAUAGACGAUUUUUAGUGGUACAAAUGGUUGAACCACUAUUAAACUACAAUUUCAUGACAAAAUAUUCUAUUAUUAAUUUUUUCAAUACAACUUCCUGUACGAUUUUACAAUCAAUGAUUCUGAUAUCAUUUAUCGAGUGUUAGAGAUUAAAAAUUAUUAAUAAACAACCAUUUGUUCUUUAACAAAUAUGAUGACAGUUU